AUGGCUUCCCGAAACUCGGUCCGCCUCUUCCAAGCCCUCCGGCCAAUGGUGCCGGGCCGGGCCACCCCCCUCCGGACGACGAUCCGCCUCUACUCCGAUGCCACGCCGGUCACACCCAAGCUCCUAGCCACCCUCAAGACCGACCUCAAGACCGCCAUGCGCGCAAAGGACGCGCCCCGCCUCUCCGUCCUCCGCUCCGUCCUCUCCGCCACCAACAACGCCGCCAAGACAGACAGCCCCAUCGCGACCGACGCCCAGCUCGUCGCCCUCCUCCGCAAGACCCAGCGCGCCACCCAGGACGCCGCCACCCAGUUCCGCGCCGCCGGCCGCGACGACCUCGCCGAUAAGGAGGAUACCCAGGCCAAGGUUAUGGCCGAGUACAUUGCCAGCAGCGGCGUCGUCACCGUCACCGAGGCCGACGUCCGCGUCCUCAUCCAAAAGGCCGUUGAGGAUUCCGUCGCCGCGGGCAAGACCGGCCUCGGCGAGGUCAUGAAGCUCAUCAACAAGGCUACCCAGGACAAGGACCUCGAGGUGGAGAAGAAGCGCGUGGCAGAGCUCGUCAAGGAAGCCAUCAAGAAGGAGUAG